CAAAUGUGAAAAUGUCUUUUACCUCAAGAAAGCGUGUCUUCGACGGCGAUCACCAAUUCAUACCAUUAUCUUCUUCGGGAAACCAAUCCCUUCAAAGUCAUACCAAUUCUCCGAAGAAGAGGAAUAAUUAUGAAAUGUAUGUCAUUUAUGGCGAUAGGAAUCUAUAUUCAAGGGUCAGAGAGUUGCUGAGUUCGAGCGACAUCUGCGACAACCAAUCGAUUGUCAAUUAUCUGCAAAAGACUUUUCCGGAAUACAAACGCAAGAAGAAGUCAGCGCUUAUGAGAUCUGUUAACAAAGCGCUGGAAAUGAUUAACAAAGACUUGAGUUCCAGUGAAGACCAUGAAAGUGAUGCCAAAAGCGAAGACUCACUCGACGUCAUCAUUAGUCCCAAACCAAGCGAUGACAUAAACUCAUUGAAUAAAUCGCUUAAAGACUUGUAUUCAAACAGAUCUCAAGACAACAAUUCGGCCAAAAGUAGUGAUAAUUCAAAGAAUAUGAACGAAAGGAAAGCGACGACUCGGAGGACAGAGACAGAUGUGAACAGUAAAGCCGAUCGUAGUAUCGAUUCUGUGCUCUCGAAACAAAUACAACUAAAAGAGCGCUAUUUGUUUGAACCCAAACUCACUUUCGAUGACUUCGGAGGCAUCGAUGAAGUUGUGGUCGACAUCAAGAAAUUGAUGUUUCAUUUAAGACAUCCCACUCUCUACACAACCAUAGGUGUCGACCCUCCGCGCGGUUUCCUAUUACACGGUCCGCCAGGAGUUGGCAAGAGUGCGAUCGUAGAGGCCAUUGCCAACGACUUAAACAUACCAUUCCUCCGGUGCGGUGCCACCGAAAUAGUGGCCGGAAUUUCCGGUGAAAGUGAGGGAAAGAUUCGCGAACUCUUCAGUUUAGCGAAGAGUAUGAAACCCUGUAUUCUAUUCAUCGAUGAAAUCGAUUCCAUAACUCAUAAGAGAGAGAAUGCUUCCAAAGAAAUGGAACGAAGAAUUGUCACACAAUUACUGACUUCUUUGGACAGUUUAGGAACCAAUGAUUCGGAGGGAGUGAUGGUUAUCGGAGCCACCAAUAGAGCCGAUGCUAUCGAUCCAGCGCUCAGACGCGCCGGACGUUUCGAUAGAGAAAUAAGUUUAGGAAUUCCCGACAAAAGUGCCAGAAAUGACAUCUUAAGGGUUCUCUGCAGGAAAGUCAAGAUGACUGAAGACUUUGAUUUUGAAUCUCUGGCCCACAAAACGCCCGGUUAUGUCGGCGCUGAUCUCAAAAGUUUGAUCCGCGAGUCGGCCGUCAAUGCUUUGGAAAGAAUUUUAUUACUUAAAGAAAUAGAUAUAAACUCUUCGUUCGACAGCAAGAGUUUGAAUAUAGAAGACAUCACUUCCUUAUUGACGAUUGAGAUGAAGGACUUUGAAAAUGCGUUGAAACGGAUGCAGCCCUCGUCUAAGAGAGAGGGCUUCGCCACUGUGCCGGACGUGACGUGGGAUGAUGUCGGAGCCCUGGGCUCAAUACGAAAGGACUUACAGCUGUCUAUAUUAGCGCCCAUUAAAUACGAACAGGACGUCAAGGCGUUAGGUCUGACCACAUCUGUAGGCAUCCUUCUAUGCGGACCACCCGGUUGUGGGAAAACCCUUUUGGCCAAAGCCAUCGCCAACGAGUCGGGCAUUAACUUCAUUUCAGUGAAAGGACCGGAACUGUUGAAUAUGUAUGUCGGAGAGUCUGAACGCGCCGUUAGGUCUGUCUUUAUUAGAGCCCGUAAUUCCAAACCGUGUGUCAUAUUCUUUGAUGAAAUCGACGCUCUCUGUCCUAAACGAAGUGAUUCCGAAUCAUCAAACGCAUCGUCACGUGUCGUGAAUCAGUUGUUGACAGAAAUGGAUGGCUUGGAGUCGAGAAAUUGUUUCCUAUUGGCCGCCACUAAUAGGCCCGACAUUAUAGAUCCGGCGGUAUUAAGGCCCGGAAGGUUUGAUAAAAUACUUUUCGUGGGAUUCCCUUCAAAAGCAGAUCGCUUUGAAAUAUUGAAGACAUUAAGUAAAAACGGAACAAAACCGCCUUUAAGUGCAGACAUAGACUUGGAAUCGAUUGCAAACGACUCAAGACUUGAUGGCAUGACGGGUGCGGACUUGCAUUCGCUGCUGAGAGAGGCCAGUCUCAGUGCACUGUCCGACAGAAUAUCAGCACAAAUACCAUGUGAUGAACCCGUUGUUGUCAAUUCAUCUCACAUGGAAUGUGCCUUAAGUAAAGUCAAGCCCUCUGUUACGCAUAGCGAGAGAAAAAUCUACGAAAAAAUGUUUAGUAUCUAUGGAUUCAAUCAAUGAAAUCA